CAUCAGUAGCUGCUGCCCCGUGUGUAUAUGCCGCCGCAGGCCACCCUCUCCGGCGUUCUCGCGAGUCCGCAGCAGCUAGUGCUACGCGGCCUGCAGCAGACCAGCCUCUCGCUCACAAUCGGCAUCUUUGUCGGCAGCGCGCUCACCAGCGGCGCCGUCUGCGGUGUCGCGGCCUUCUACUUGGCAUUCAGCGACCGGCUGCUCAAGCGGGUGCGCGAGUCCGCCAGCACCCUCGCCAGCACGCUCGCCGAUCCCGUCGGCGGCGCUGCCGCUCUUGCAAAGGUGCUCGCGCUCGGCGGCGGCUCCGAAGGGCUGCUCGGCCUCGUGCGGAGCGGCAAGAAGAUCAUCUGCGUCGGCAAGAACUAUCGCGACCACAUCGCCGAGCUCGCGCAGCUGAGCCCCGACUGGCGGGUGGAGGAGCAGCCCGAGCCGGUCCUCUUCCUCAAGCCGACCACGGCCUACGCCUUCCCAGGCCAGCCGCUCGUGCUCCGCGACCCCGCCAGGCGGCCUCGCCGCCGAUGCGGCACCGACUUUGGAGUGCACCACGAGCUGGAGCUCGCGGUCGUCAUCGGCCGCCGCUGCCGCCACUUGCCGACGGACGCUGCCGCUGCAGCGGCGGUCGCGGGCUAUGCCCUCGCGCUAGACAUCACCGACCGAGACGAGCAGACGGAGGCGAAGAGGGCGGGGAUGCCGUGGAGCGUCGCCAAGGGGCACGACUCGUACUGCCCCCUCUCCACGCCCUUCCUGCUGCCCGAGGGCGGCUCAUGGCGCGAGCUGCGCAUGUGGCUCGACGUCAACGGCACGCGACGGCAGGAGUGCAGCUGCGCCGAGAUGAUCCACGGGGUGGAGGAGCUGGUGCGCUUCUGCUCGUCGGUGAUGACUCUCGAGCCCGGGGAUGUCCUCCUCACCGGCACUCCGGCGGGCGUCGGCCGGCUCCGGCCCGGGGACGUCGUCACCGCCGGCGUGGAGGGCCACGUGCAGAUGGUUGUGGCCGUCGUGGCGGAGGAGUGAGCGCCCCAGGGCGCGCCGCCGCCGGCUGGGGCGGCGUCCUCUCCACCUUUCGGUGUGGCCCUGCGCCCACGUUGUCAGAGGAGAACAGAGCCGUAUUAGGUCUUAGUGUGUAUUAUUCAAAUGUC